AUGGCGGAAAUAUUCCCCAUCUCUUGUCUAGCCUGUCGGCGUCUCAAGAUCAGAUGCAACAGAGUCAAGCCAUGUAACCAAUGUACACGACGAAGUAUUGUAUGCGAGUAUCCUUCAACUUUCAGGAACACUAUCAUCAGUUCUCAAUUCCAUGAUGAAUAUAAUAAUAAUGGAAUAUCUGUUAAUACUACAACUCCCAACAAGUAUCUUAAUGAAGAGUUACAAACUUUGAAGGAGAACCAAGAAAAAAUCUUGAGAGAAAAUGCCAAACUUAAUGCAAAAAAUAAGGACCUUAUCACCAAAUUGGAGCUGCUGUCUAAGGGGAAAGGAAGUUCAAGUGGUGGUGGAAGUUCAGCUCCAAGUCUCUCAAUUUCCGGGGAAACAUCUGAACUUGGAGAGAAAUAUUAUGGUCCUCUUUCUUCAGCUUAUAUGAUUGAUAAUCUUAAAGUUCAAUCAGAAGAACAAAAUAUCGAUUCUAAACUGAAAAAUGAAAAUGUUGAAUCUGAAUUUACUAAUAAAAAAGCUAUUGAAAUUCCAGAAAUCCAUAGAAGAAAUGCACCUAAAGCAAAGGAAUUAGCCAAGUCAGCUGAAACUGAAAAUCAAAUUGCUAAUUCACUUGUAAAGAAGCCGUUACCAAGAUUGAUUUCUAAUGGUGGCAAUAAUUUGACUGCAAUUAAAACUCUUGUUAAUUUAUUCUUUCAACAGAAUAUUCAUUAUCAAACGUUUAUAUCCCGUCUGAAGGUCUUGGCAUUCCUUCAACAACACAAGUCUAUUAAGGACAAGGAAUGGGAACAUGACGAUGAUUUAUUGUUAUUGUAUAUGAUAUUAUUCUUACUGAUCCAAAGAUUAACCCCGAAGGAAUUCCAAAAGAUUGGAUUAUUAGAUAAUCAACCAGUUGGAAACUUUAGAUCCAGAAAGGAACACAUCACCAUGAAUGUUUUGUACCAUAGUUUUGAGGAAUUGAGACAUAACUUGAUUAAUGAAUCAAUCUUGACCAUCCAAUCAUAUAUCUUAUGUACCGAGUUGUAUCUUAUUGAACAAAGAUAUGAAGAAAGUUGGUCAAUGAUGUUCCACACAUGUUCAAUUGCUUAUGCAAUUGGUUUACAUGCAAUGAGGAAACUUCGACUUCAAAAUGUUUCAAGUCGGAUCCAACGAAGAGUUACCAUCAACAAUGAGUCCUCUAGUGAUGAUUUAGAAGAAGACGAAACCGAUGUUGAACGAUUCAAAGUAUGGUUUGCAUUGAAAAAUAUCUGUGGUCAAAUUUGUUCAACUCUUGGUAGACCAAAUCCAAUCUCUAUACAAGUGAAUGCAGUUUUACUCAAAUCCUUGGAUAGUAAGGAUUUCUCAAGUAUUGAUUAUUCAGAGAGAACUGCCCAAGUUCUUUUGAAAACAGGAUUGAGUGAAUGUCUCCGAUUAUCGAAUAUGAUGUUGAUUGAAAAUUUUAUGAUUGAUUUCACUAUGGAUGAUUUGGUGAAAUUGAAUAAUAGAUUCGAUAUUGAAAUUAAAAUUUUGGAAUGGUAUCAAUCAGGAAGAGCCCCCAUGGAAACAGAUUCAAAUUCAGAUAAGGAUUUCCCCAAUCGAAUUGAUAAUACAAAUCUUCUUACCGAUUUGAUUAUACUUUAUAUCAAUAGAGCCAAAUUAUUUGAACCAUUUGUCAAUAAAUUCACUGGUCCAGCUGAAUCUAGAAUCAUUUCUGAUAUGUUGAGAUAUUCUAUAUUGAAAUUUUUGGAUUAUACAUUGAUGUUUAUUAAUUUAUUCUUUGAAAAUUGCACUGAAAGAUAUUAUGAAUUUAUUGAUGAAGGAUCUGAUGUUAGAUCUCCUGACACCAAAUUUGGGAAAUUACUCCGAGUGUACUAUCCAUUUUUAAACUCUUUUGUUUAUCAAGGAAUUAUUGUGCUUUUCACCUUUUUGCACUACAAAUUUAAGGAUUUUGUUUCAAACUUUGAUCAGGUCGACCGUGCUGUAUCGACAACUGGGAUUGAAACUAUUAAUUACAAUCUCUUUUUGAAUCAAGUAGACACCAAAUUAAACUUUCUCCUUUCCUUUGGUGCAGAAAAUGAACAAUAUAAAAACAUCAAAUUAUGGUCAUCCAAUAUCGUUCAGUUAAUUGUGAAAGUUAGAGAACAUAUAUCAAUGAUAUUUAGAAAGCAAAAGCAAAAAUCUGAAUAUCAGAAGGAACUCUUUGAAAAGGAACUCAAUGAAUUCCAAAAGGAUUUGAGUGGUGCUGAACUUGAAGACUAUUAUGGAUUUGACAUCAACGACCCCUUUUGGUUACGCAAUCCAGGUAAUUUCCCUUACUACCUCAGCUCCCCCAGUGACGAUAAUGCUAGUACUGUUGGCGUAUCAUCCACCAGAGGAGAUUUCAAUGAAAAUUCCGGCGACAACAAAAGUGCUUACUCUUCAAAUUCCAGGUCAUCCAUUUCCCAAUCGGUGAAUCUUACUAAUCAGCAAGAUAUGAUGUCUAAUUCUAUGUACGGCAUAAUUCCUACCCCUUCAACAACAUUCUCCAAUGUUAGUAGUGGAGUACAGAGUACCCAUGACUCAAACUUUGUAUCUCAACCGGAGCAACCAAUGAGUAUUUCCGUUCCGAAGCUUCCACAUUUUCAUCCUUAUGAUACAGUUCAGGCUAGUGUAAUGCAACCGGAUCAUGCCCCAUAUGUUUAUUCGCAAACUGUUCCGUUUGGUGCACCUGCAACAAACUCUCAAAUGUUCCAAGACUACCUGCAAACGCCCAAUUACCAACUGGGAACUUUCACCCAGUCAACUCCCACCUAUCAACAGGCACCUCCUAGUUUGAUUUCUCAGCAACAGAUCCUGCAGCGCUUACCUAAUGAGUAUCAUCAAAAUUGGCUUGGCCACGAUGGUGGUGAUCAACUAACCGAGGAAGAACCGCAACUGAAGAAGAUUAAGAGAGAGAAAUGUGCCUAG